CGGGCCGGGCGCGGGCGCCGGCCAUGCUCAUCACGCUGUGCUACCUGUACCUGUGGGCGCGCUGGGGGCGCCGGCCGGCCGCGCUGGUGCUGUCCACGGUGCGGCGGCUGCGUGCCUCGCGCUGCUCCUUCACCUUCUGCCGCGCGGCCGCGCAGCCCGGGGGCGCGCGCGUGUGCCUGAGCCGGGGCGGCCGCGUCUUCUGCGUCGGCGAGAGCCAGUCUGUUGAUGACUUGAACAAAUGGGCCCUGUUUCUCGUGUCUCCCUUCAUACUUGAAGCAGAACAUAUAGCUUUUGUGACAGAGAGCGUUUGGAUACAAGGUACCAGUUUCCAGGAGCCAUCGUCUUCAGAGACUGUUGUAAAAUGGUCCGACUGCUGUCUGCCGCUAGCCUGCCGACCUGGGGACCCCUACCAAUUAAUUGCUAAAGCAAGCGUGGACAACUUCAGCAAGCUCGGGGUGGCCUUCAUGGAGGACAGGCUCCACAUGGAUAAUGGCCUGAUAGCCCAGAAGAUUGUUUCAGUCCACUUAAAGGACCCUGCUCUGAAGGAACUCAGCAAGGCCUCCGAAGAGCAAGUGCAGGCCCCACCCCUGGGCCCAGAAGCUUCCCCCGAGGCCCAGCCUGCACAAGGUGUCAUGGAGCCUGCUGGCCAAGGUGACUGCAAGGCUGCUGGUGAAGGCCCUCCCCCACAGAGGAGGGGUUGUGCCCCUGGAAGUGAGCCUGCUGCAGAAGGGGACCCAGGGCCGAGCUCCACAGAGCUCUGUCCGCUCCACCUGUCCAUCUGCCACGAGUGUUUGGAGCUGGAGAACAGCACCAUCGAGUCGGUGAGGUGUGCGUCCGCGGAGAACAUUCCAGACCUUCCCUGUGAUCACGGUGGUAUGGAGAGUGCCUCGGGCGAACUCUGCCCUGAACGGAAUGGGAAGAGAGCCAACAUUUCGGGAAAGGCGCCCAAUAUCCUGCUGUAUGUGGGCUCUGGUUCCGAGGAAGCCCUGGGCCGGCUCCAGCAGGUGCGGUCCGUCCUGACUGACUGUGUGGACACGGACAGCUACACUCUGUACCACCUGCUGGAAGACAGCGCUCUGAGGGACCCAUGGCCAGACAACUGCCUCCUGUUAGUUAUUGCCAGCAGGGACCCAGUCCCCAAAGACAUAAACCACAAGUUCAUGGCCUAUCUUUCUCAGGGAGGGAAGGUGCUGGGCCUGUCUUCCCCCUUUAUGGUCGGUGGUUUUCGGGUGACCAGGAGAGACGCGCUACGGAACACAGCCCAGAACUUGGUUUUCUCUAAGGCUGAUGGGAGUGAGGUUCGGCUCAGUGUCCUGAGCAGUGGCUACGUUUAUGAGGAAGGCCCGAGCCUGGGCAGGCUCCAGGGCUACCUGGAGAAUGAGGACAAGGAUAAAAUGAUUGUGCAUGUGCCUUUUGGAACCCUCGGAGGGGAAGCCGUUCUCUGCCAGGUGCAUCUGGAGCUCCCUCCAAGCACCUCCCUGGUGCAGACAGCAGACGACUUUAAUGUGCUCAAAUCCAGCAACAUGAGAAGACACGAGGUCCUUAAGGAGAUCCUGACUGCCCUCGGUCUGAGCUGUGACACACCACAGGUUCCUGCCUUAACGCCUCUGUACUUACUGCUGGCUGCUGAGGAAACCCAGGAUCCGUUUAUGCGGUGGCUCGGAAGGCACGCGGAUCCUGAAGGAAUCGUUAAAUCCAGGAAGCUCUCCCUUCAGUUUGUUUCCUCCUAUACAUCUGAAGCGGAGAUCACCCCGUCUUCCAUCCCCGUGGUCACCGACCCGGAAGCCUUUUCGUCAGAGCACUUCAGCCUAGAGACCUAUCGACAGAAUCUGCAGACCACGAGCCUCGGGAAAGUGAUUCUGUUUGCAGAAGUGACCUCCACGACUAUGAGUCUCCUGGAUGGGUUGAUGUUUGAGAUGCCGCAGGAAAUGGGCUUAAUCGCCAUUGCAGUUCGGCAGACCCAGGGCAAAGGAAGGGGCCCAAAUGCCUGGCUGAGCCCCGUGGGAUGUGCCCUUUCCACUCUGCUGGUCUCCAUCCCUCUAAGGUCACAACUGGGACAGAGGAUUCCAUUUGUCCAGCAUUUGAUGUCCCUGGCCGUGGUGGAGGCAGUGCGGUCUAUCCCAGGGUAUGAGGAUAUCAACUUGCGAGUGAAGUGGCCCAACGAUAUUUAUUACAGCGAUCUCAUGAAGAUCGGUGGGGUUCUGGUUAAUUCAACACUUAUGGGAGAAACAUUUUAUAUCCUCAUCGGUUGUGGAUUCAAUGUGACGAACAGUAAUCCUACCAUAUGUAUCAAUGACCUCAUCGAAGAACACAAUAAGCAGCACAAGGCAGGCCUGAAGCCCCUGCGAGCAGACUGUCUCAUAGCCAGGGCUGUGACCGUGCUGGAGAAACUGAUUGACAGGUUUCAGGACCAAGGGCCCGACGGCGUUCUUCCCCUCUAUUAUAAAUACUGGGUGCACAGUGGUCAGCAAGUCCGCCUGGGGAGCAUGGAGGGGCCACAGGUGUCUAUUGUGGGCCUUGAUGAUUCCGGGUUCCUGCAGGUCCACCUAGAAGACGGUGGGGUUGUGACGGUGCAUCCAGACGGAAACUCCUUCGACAUGCUGAGAAACCUCAUCGUUCCCAAGCGACAGUAACACACCUCCGUGUGUCCCCAGACAGCUUGGAUCUGCUGCAGCAGCAGCAAGCCACAACAGGGAAGCUGCUCCUGGGAUCUCCUGGGAGCUAUGAGCAGGCGCACUCUGCUCGCAUAACUGUUGUCUCUGCCUGCCUAGGGCCUGGGAAGCUAACACAGAGUUAGAGGCCAGUUGUUAAUUCUUCAGGUUGUGGGUUCCCUGCCCCCACCCCUCCUCACCCCGGGAUUUGGGACAUAUAUAUGUGGUUUUAUUGGGUGUUUGAAGGUGCAUCUGGUGAGGAUUGACCGACAGGCGAAGAAGAGUCAGUUUAGCCUAGGAGUUUAGUUUGCCUUGUGAGGUGUGGAAGUGCUCUAACCCACGUGGGCUUGGAUUUGUGUGUAGUGGGAGGAAAAUCAGGAGCAAGGGGUUGGGAAUAGCGGUGAGAUAGUACAAAUAUAUCCCAAGGCAUGAAGGCCCUUAGCCCUCUGCUGUUAAAACAAUGAGCACUCAGCUCAGGUGCAUGCUCACUGCUGUCCAGAACACACAAGUGUUUACCUACACGUAGGGCUGUUGCUGUUUUUCUUAGUCAAGUUGGGCUUCUUGUAGUAGCCUAGAACACAGGGCUGAAGGGCGGCCACAGAGACGCUGCUGACCAGCGUGAUCUCUUCUCCAUGGUCAGGUGUGUCAGGCUUUACAUGUUUAAGCCAUGAUGGCAGCUUCCUUAGAGACAGAGGCUUGCUCAGGCUGAUGGGGACGUGGGCUCGCCCUCUUGCCCACACAAGGGAGGAUUCUUGGAACUUUUAAGCUGAUUAGUUGCAGGCUCUGUGCCACACCCCCAUAAGCCUGUGUCCUCGUGCAGCACUGCACUGUAAGUCAUGAUUUCCUGGCCCCUGUUUCGUAAUGUCAUGAAAGAGAGAAAGACUGACACAAACAUGCCAUCAGUUUGGAGAGAUGUAUGAGCGUGCGGUACAUGCCUGAUUGUGCGCGCGCGCGCGUGUGUGUGUGUGUGUGUGUGUGUGUGUGUGUGUGUGUGUGUGUGUAUGUGUGUGGCUUUAAAAGGAGAUGUUCAAAAUUUGAUGUGCUAAAAGUCUCCGUGGAAGAACAAAGGAGAGGAAGCCUUUCUAGGUUUGUGCUUCCAGAUGUGCUCCGUGCUUUCCCAUGUACCUCCCGUCGCUGUGGAGCUUGUGAAUCAUACCCAUCGCUGCCCGGCCUGAAAGAACCAGUUCCUGUCUGCCCUCCUGCUUCCUGCCAUUUCCACUAAAGUGGGUGGAAAGGAAACGACGGAACAGAACACUUAGCUUUGAACAAGAUCCUCGUCAUAAACGAGUACCAUCUUUACCCAGCUUAUAUAGUCAGGCCGACUCCAGAAACCAGAGGUUUUUCAGUAUAGAAAUCCAUCACCCUCAGACUAGCAGAGACAGCCCCAUUUGAAGCAAAAAAUAACAGGGUAAACCUGACCAACCUGAUGUGUGUGUGAGGGAAUGUGACUUUAAAAGAACUUGAAGGUAACUUUUCUUGCAAAUAAGACUUUGAUUAAAAUUUUUCUCAAAAAAAGAAAAAAGAUACAUACAUAAAUUUUAGUUCUGAUAUUUUUUAAAUUCAUGCGAGUUUAAAUAAAACUGUACGCCACCCCAAAUUAUAAAAUGACAGGCCCUCAAGAGAGCGUCUGUAAAAUAUCAUCAAGAACAAAGAUCUCCGAGCUUGAUGUUGCAAAGGUUCAUUUCUCAGACUUUGUAAUAUAAGGCUGGUCAUCUCUCAGGACUGCCAUCAUUACAUUUUAAAUUUCUAUGGGGGAUUAUUUAAUGAAAAACAUGCUAUGUUUUAUUUUAAGCUGAAAGCCUAUUCUGGAUAGUUCUACUUUGGGGGAAAAAUGUUAUCAUUUAAUUUCCUCUCUGUAAGUUAAAACUAAUGAAGUGUGUUCAUGUCAGGGCAGACAGAGAUGCUCUGGGCAUGCUGAGUGGCCCUGGAGUGGGUAUACUGUUUAGGGUGUUCUUGCUUAUGCAGACAUGACACUCCUUGUCUAGAGAGACAACCUAGCCUGAAGCAGAUGCUGCAUUUCCCACUGGCCUGACUUUGCCUCACAUGAACCAAAGACUUCAGAUUCCACAUUGUAGAGAGCAUUCUGCCGAUAGGGGUGUGAAGGCGCCACAUGCGAGGGUAGUCACACUCUUAGCAUCCCGGUAUCUCCAGGAACUUUACAAGUCUCCUAACUUUGCUGCCUCCUAAUCUUGAGCGCAGGUUACUCCUAGUGUAAACCUGCUUGCGUAUCUACCCCUGGGUGCUGGAAGGCACAUGUAAGCAAACACUGGGUUUCUCACAGCUCAGCUGAAGCAGCGAAGGCUUUGCUGUCCUGACAUGCCAGCAACGCGGCAACCUCAUUCCUGGUUCAUCUCUAUGCAUCUUUGAAAUAAACAAAAAUGUAAACCUU